UUUUCGUACACAUUAUUGAGCCCAUUCCUAUUUGAAUCCAUUCUCUUCCUGCUCAGCAGCAAUACCAUUAAUAUGGCCGAAUCGAGAAUAAGUGAAGAGCAGCAUGCUGUGCUGCGAUCGCUGCUUCGCCCUGAUGAGAUCAUGACCCCGGAAUCACCGGAUUUCAAGUCAAGUGCUCAAACAUGGGCUUCCCAAAAGCAAAUGAACCCGAGCCUUGUGGUUCGCCCCACGUCUGUCGAGUCCUUGAGCAAGGUUCUAGCAUAUCUAUACCCAAGCGGUCUAGACAUUGGGAUUUAUGGACAGGGGUUCAUGUCCGCAUCUGCAAAGGAUGUCCUGAUUAAUACGUCUGCAUUUGACGAUUUUCACUUCGACAAGCAUUCGGAGUUGGUGACUAUUGGUGCCGGACAGGCAUGGUCUAAGGUGUAUGAGAAUCUAGGAGAGGUGGCGCCGGAAUAUGGAAUCGUGGGAGCCCGCACCCCUUGUGUUGGAGUUGCUGGUACCAUUGUCAGUGGAGGAUUCUCAUGGCUUUCCGGCGAGUAUGGCUGCAUCUCGGACCCGGCAAACAUGUUAGAUGCGAAGGUCGUCAAGUAUGACGGGUCAGUCGUCUGGGCCUCAGCGGAGCCGGAACUACUGUGGGCUCUCCGUGGCGGUGGAGGUGGUUUUGGAGUGCUUGUUCAGGUUGUACUCCGAGUGUUCCCUUAUCCUCAGGAGAUCUGGUCCGGUCCGAUUCUGGUUCCCCGGGAGCGUCUCGAGCAGGUGGCAGAAGGAAUUGCGACAUUUCUCUCCCAGCCGCUGGAUCCUAAGAUUACGAUGUUUCUGUACAUCGUCAGGAGGAGGCUGCUCGAGUCCAUAGGGACUGACUCAGAUAUGCUAGUCAUCCAUGCUUUCGAUGCCCUUGGUGAAGCACACGGUAGAAAACAUUUCCAAUGGGCGUUGGAUAUUCCAGGGGCUAUUGAUAAGACUAAGAUUAACACCCUGGCAGGGGUUGCAAACUUGCAAGAUAAGGCGCAUAUUGUCAAAGGCUCGAUGAAGCAGUUCUGGGCCCCUUUGCUGGUCAAGGAGAUGUCUGCGGAGACCAUAGUCAAAACCGUCAAAUGGUCUGAAGAGAUCCGAGAGCUCGACGAGUCCCUUGGUGAUUGCACCUAUAUCAUUUUUGAAUUGCUUAGCUCGCGUGAACCAGGUGGACCGAUAUCGAACUGUGCCUGGCCAAGGCCCGCAGGCUUCAAGCAUAUUCUGCUGUUGGGCACCGGAUGCCCUGGAGAUUCUGGCCCGGUUAAAGAGAAGCUUGCACGAGACCUUGCUUGCCAGGCAGCAUAUCGAGUUCUGGGUGAAGGCGCAGACUUUCACUACCUGCCAAAUGGCUUUGAAGACUUCCAUGACGCAAGAAAGACCUGGGGCCCUCAUUUCGCUCAACUGCAGACCGCAAGGAACCAUUAUGACCCGAAAAACAAAUUCAAAGGCGCUAUCAACGUGGACGAUGCUUAGAUCGACACAGAAUGACCAGAAGACCCGAGCUAAUCUUCUGCUCUUUUGUACGAAAAUGAAUGUCAAAUGCU